AUGGCGUCCUCAUCCGGCACACCCAAAGUAACCUCCCUAGUCGACCUCCCCUCCUCAGAAGCCAAAUGGGUAAAACUACAAAAAGCCACCUACGUCGACGCCAAAGGCAAAGAACGCAUCUGGGAAAUCGCCUCUAGGAAAACAACUGGCAAAGCAGGCGUCGACGCCGUAGCAAUGGGAAACAUCAUCUACCACCCCUCCAAGCCCCCCUCCACAAUCGUCGUCAUCCAAUUCAGGCCUCCAGUCAGUGGCUUCACAGUGGAAUGGCCCGCCGGUUUAAUCGAUGCUUGCGAAACACCCGAGGAAGCUGCAGUACGUGAGCUCUACGAGGAAACAGGGUACAAAGGAAAAGUCAUCUCGACAAGCCCGCCUGUGGCAGCGGAUCCGGGUAUGACGUCUGCGAAUCUGUGUUUGUGCAUGGUGGAAAUUCAUCUCAAUGAAGGGGAUCCGGAGCCGGAACAGCAUCUUGAUGAGGGAGAGGAUAUCCAAAGGGUCAACAUUCCGAUUAGCGAGUUGUAUGCGAGGUUGGAGGAGUUUGCGAAGGAGGGGUAUGUUAUUGCGGCCAAGUUGUACCAUUGGGCGGCGGGCGCGCAGUAUGCUAUUGAUCAUCCGGAGUUGUUCGCUAAGGCGCAUAAGAAGAACGAUUAA